AUGGUGCUACUGAGCAACCCGAAAAAUACGAGACGUGUAAGUUUGGAUGUGGCGAGCACAGUGCUUAUCAAGGAUCCCGAGACGGAAGGAUUUGAGCCGCCUAGUCGAAGCCGCUGCCGACGCCUCUACGAUAUCGCAAAUGUGCUGGUCGCAUUGGGCCUCAUCAAGAAGGUACACUAUCUCUUUGGUACCAAGAAGAUCCCGCUAUUUGUCUACUGCGGUCCCGAACCAGAUGAGAACUCCAUCUUUGACGUGAACGCGUGCAUUGAGCGACUUUUAGCGACAACCAACGCCACACCUCUUACACCGCGAAUGAAGGCAACCACUGUAGCUUUGCAACACUCGCUUUCUAUGGGAAAACGCAGCACCUCCGAGGCUAAUCUUCACGUUCCAUCGGCGAACAAAAUGCCUCGCAUAAAGUCGGAAGAUUUUAUGACACAAGCGUCGUCAUCACUGAUGAUGUUUGCCGAGUUAGCAGCUGAGCGACUCCGUCAAGAAACAGAACUCCAGAAGCGGCCAGCAUCUAGCCCAGAAACGAAAACGACAACCGGUACCUCUCCAAAGCCUCUCGUCGUACCAUUGCCCAGGGCAAGCAGCGGACAUACUUUGCCGAAGCCACAAGCGCAGCAUUCGUUUGGGAAUUUUUCCGUGUCACCACUGAGUUCACCGUUGACCGGUGCCAAGCGAUAUACUGUGAAAAUCGGCAACAACUAUCAAAUGUCUUCUGUACCGAUUGCUGGACUACAGCCGAUCGUUUUGCCAACGACA